AUGCACUCCGUGAAUAUGCAAAGCAUCAAGUCUUUAUGGACUUCAUGUGGCAUGUUUGUGCGCCAUCAGUCGACACAUGCCAUCACCCCAUUGUUAGGGGCUUCUAAGCCACCUACCUACACAUUGACGACGUUGCGGGCGUUUCCAUCUCUGGAGCCAGUGUCGUUUAUGCCGGUUCCAAUGUCUGUGCUUGGUGUUCCUCUGCGCCGAGAUAUCCUAUGGCGAGCAGUUGUCUACGAAAACGAUAACAAACGUGUUGGGUCUUCCAAUCCACCAAGCCGGAGCGAGAACGGUUAUUCUAGGCGGAAGCUACUGCCUCAGAAGGGCACGGGGCGUGCACGAGUCGGUGAUGCGAACUCGCCUACUCGGCAUGGUGGUGGACGCGCCCAUGCAAGAUCUGCGCCCAAUGACUACACUACGAAACUCCCACGCAAAAUAUACUCACAGGCUUUCAGCAUUGCCCUAAGCCACCAGUAUCGCCAGGGGAACAUGUACGCCAUUGGCUUGGAGGAGUCCGGUAAACUUUCUGAGGGUGACCUCCCAGUCCUGGAUCUUCUGCCUUCCGAAACCAACCCUCACCCCGAUGCCGUCUUUGAAACUUUUCUAAACGAAUUCGGACUUCAGAACAAGAGGUUACUGUUUAUUAUUGAUGAACCUAGACCCAGUCUUAUGGCAUUCACUGAGUCAUUUAAGGAUAAGGUCGACAUUGUGCAAAAGGAGUUCGUCGAUGUCAACGACAUUCUCAGAGCCCACAGAAUUUUUAUUGAAUCCGAAGCUUUGAAGUAUCUUGCCGUUAUGCAUUCCUCCUAA